GGAAAUAGUUCAACAAUAUUCAAACUCUGGAUGCACAGUUUGAAAUAGUUAACGAACGUGUGUUAUAAUUAUUAACUAAACCUCUGAAACAAACGGCGUUUACUGUUUUACUGCAGUUGGGAGUUUUUAACACCCCUCGAUAACUCUGUCUCGAGCUACAGCGGUGAAUUGUGGGUAGUGUGGUCAACUGCUGGGACGUUAGACCGUUACUGUUUUGGUCAUCAACGACACAGAAAACUACAUUUCCCUUUACACAUAAGAGCGCCGCACUGUGAUUUGUUUUUAGCUUUGCUCGGACACGAGUGGAACAGUAACCGAGGGAAAACGCGAUCAAGCCAAUUGUUCUUAGACCAGUUUUUAUCUGAACACUCCCACAAGCGCCCAGCUCCUCCGUUCACUGCUGAGGUGAAUAGCUGCCAUGCCGGUGCACCGUGACCGGGAGAAGAAGGAGAGUCCAGCAGAAGAGAUGGAGGUGGAGGAGCACGAGCAGGAUGCUUCCAGCUCAGAGGAGGAGGAUUCCGACACCACCUCUGUCUCUGAGGAUGGAGACAGCUCAGAAAUGGAUGAGGAGGACUGUGAGCGGAGGAGGGUCGAGUGCCUGGAUGAAAUGUCCACCCUGGAGAAACAGUUCACUGAUCUCAAAGACCAGCUGUAUCAUGAGCGGCUUAGUCAAGUGAACAGUAAGCUGACAGAGGUGGAAGCUGGUCGGGCAUCAGAAUAUCUGGAGCCUCUGGCUGUACUACUGGAGAACAUGCAGGUCCGCACUAAAGUGGCAGGUAUCUACAGAGAGCUGUGUCAGGAAUCUGUGAAGAACAAGUAUCAGUGUGAGAUCCAGGCAGCGUGCCAGCACUGGGAGAGUGAGAAACUGCUGCUGCUUGAUACGGUGCAGAGUGAGCUGGAGGAGAAAAUCAGAAGACUGGAGGAGGACAGGCACAGCAUAGACAUUACAUCAGAGCUGUGGAAUGACGAGUUGUCGGGGAGGAAGAAGAGGAGAGACGCUUUAAGUCCAGAUAAGAAGAAAAGAAGACCGUCCGUGGUGUCUGGCCCAUAUAUUGUAUAUAUGCUUCCUGACUUGGACAUCCUGGAGGAUUGGACAGCCAUCAGAAAGGCUGUGGCUACACUCGGUCCCCACAGAGGGAAGUCUGACUCUGAAAGCCCUGUUUUCCCAUUCAGACCCGAGAGAAACAGACCCAUACUGAACUGCUGAGGCACACACACCCUCCAUUCACUCAUUUCGAAUCGCAUAAAAAUACACACUGUGGAACAUUUGUCUGAAUCUUCCGAAAAUCCAUUGCACUGCUCAUUUAACAUCGACACCAGUCGGUAAGCUGCCUCUCGAGCCAGGAGGCAAACAUAACACAGACGAACAGGUUUUAACCUGGAAAAGGAACAGACCAGUUUCGGUUUUCCUGAUUGGAUAAGAGAGUAGUUGUCUUUUAAGACCAUUAAAAGUAAACAAAGGGCUUAAUCCUAAAAUUAUAAUCCAAAAUAAAAAAUGUAAUGUUCAUAGUUCAAUCUACGUCAAUUUAAGGUUUUUAAAGUGGUCAUUGGGUUUAAAAACUGCUGACAUGAUAUAUCAUCAGUGGCAACUAAAACGAACAAAAUCAGGGUUUUAUUUGUUAAUUGGAUUUGAAUAGACAACCAAUACUCCUAUUGAGACACAAAUUAGCUCCUGGUAAGAACUGAGAACACAACUUAAUUAGUCCUUAAACCAUGUUUACAUUUCUAUGACACAAUUUCAGACAGUGCUUUUACAAAGUUUGAUCUCUGAGCAUGAGAUCACAACAAUUUUCCUCAAGUAGGUGCCACAUUUUGGAUUUGGAUCUUUGAAACGACCGGUGCCUAAGGUUUUCCAGUUCUCGUUUACGUGUUGAACGGAUCAAUCCGCUUGGAUCACACACCGUUAAGUACUUUUAACCUCUUCAAACAUGAUUUUUUAUGAGGCUGUUAAUGUCUUUACAUAUUAACACAAGCACACAUGUUUUUUCAACCCAGUUAACACUCUUGAAUACAUGGUGGCCAACAAGUGAUCAACAGUGUCAUGUGACAGUUUUUUUCUUUAUCAUGUUUUACAACCACCAAGAUCCAUCAUCUGCUGUUUAAGAGGUACACCUCAAGUCCUUUGGUUAUCCAUCAGUCUGGACAUUGCUAUUACUUCCACAAAAAGAGCCUUUGCAGACGUCUAAAGUUCAGUUUUUCUGGGCUCGAGCGUUCAGAGGAUUUUUCUUUCUUUCAGUAUUUAAACCAGAAAGUCACAUUCAUGACAAUCGUGCGUAUUUGUAAACACUCGUUCCAAUGACAAAGGAGGAAAUACAUGAACCUUUUCCAUUGUGCCAUGUUUUUUUUUUUCUUUUUAUGUGGACCAGUUUAAAUAUUUUGUUUGAGAUUAAUAAUCAUUCUUUGUGAUGGUGUUUUGAAUAGUUAGGUGAACAAAGUUUGUACAGUAUUUAGUUUUUCUCAGAGAGCACACAGCAGUGCCUACAUUGGAAAUAUCACCAUCAGGGUGUUUUUGCUUUAGUGGUGCAUCUUGCAUUUGUAGGAAUCGCUUUGACUUGGAUCCGACAGAGACAGCAGUGUAAUUAAAAUGCAAGAUAAGUGCAUACAUAUUCUAAUGUAUUAAAGAGAGUUUAGAGUUAAACCAUCAGAAAGGAAUAAUAUUCUAAUUAGGUUUAACUUAAUUUCCAACCACCAGUGUACAUUUGUGCACCACCUUCUCGGUUGUCAAUGUUGUGAGUCGAGCGUGAGGCAUUAACAGAUUUCAACAGAUCCUUAGGCAGGACCAUAAAUACUGUUGAUGGGAUACCUGGCUUUUUUUUUAAACAUCUGUUCCGCCAUCACUGAGCUCUUUCAGUACAAGAAAGACGCUCAAUGAGUGCAACCCUCGGCUUUUGGACCUCACUUUCAUUUCUUUCCUUUUAUUUUGACUCCAGGCCAAAUGUUUCACAAUCAACAUAUGAAGCGUUAAGCGCAAAAUACAGAGGUAUCCCUUAACAAAUGUUAACAAGGUUUUAUUCUUGUAUCAUUCUCUGCCUAUUGUAUCUACCUCUUCUCUCUUUCUCUCUGACUUGUAAAGAAAAAAACUCAUUCAUUACUCAUGAACAUGCAAGUGCUUCCAUUGCUAUGCCCAUAUUGAUUUUUAUUUUAUGGCAUUGCUGUAUUUUUAUGGCUGUGAUUUGUGCAGAUUUGUCAGGAUGUUUUCUUAAAAGCCUGCAUCAAUAACAGAUAAUUGCAUAAAAGCAGAAGGAACCAAACCAUAUUCCUCCAACCUCACCCCUCCACUGAAUCUUCACAGUUGUAAUUCACCUUUGUUAUACAGGCUGACGAACAAACUGCCAUUUCAUUGUACAGAUUAUUUUAUAUGUAAACCGAAUUUUGAAUAUGAAGGUGGUGCGGAUGUGAAAUAUUAGAAUUGAUAUUUUUCAACAGUUCAUGUUCAGUAAUGCAUCGGUCACAUUUAUGUCUUUUUCGUUAAAGACGUGGAUGGGUUUUACAAUAAAACAUUUUACUAUUA